AUCGAAGUUACCUUCAAGUUGGAAAAAAAAGGCGGCAAAAUUGACAUGAUGGCAUCUAUUCUUGAUUAUCCGGCAAGAAAAGUCUUUGUUAAAGAUUUGACAAAAUGUGUUCGUUUACAGACCCAAGGGAUCGAGAACGGUGGAAAAAAGAAACAGAGAGAAUGGAAGAUCGAGUGUAAUGGAGUUGAAUUCAUCGCCACGGUGGUGUGGAUGCAAGGACUUGUCACAGAGAUAAACAAGGAGGAGGGUUUCAUGAUUCUGGAUGACAGUACAGGCAGAGUAAAGGUGGCUGGAUACAACAAUAUCCCCUUUAUAUCACUGUCACUGGCAACAGGACAGUAUGUAAUGGUCAUUGCCUCGGUAUCCCGCUGUGGAGAUCUUCCUGUGGUUAAUGCAUUAAAACUCCAGAGCCUGACACAAGUGGAGAAUGCCGAGAGAUCAUGGUCCCUGGAAGUCAUGGACCAAAUUCUCCAUCUCAGUGCACUAGGCUAAUUCUUCAAGUGAUAUGAUAAUUUUUGUGUAAAUGACCAUAAAAUGAUUGAAUUAUCAUUGGAGAGCAAAAAAAUCAAUAAAUAUUGUCAUUAUUAUUAUAAAAUUUAUGAAACUAUGUUCAA